AUGGAGACCAUCUGGAUCUACCAGUUCCGCCUCAUCGUGAUCGGGGACUCCACCGUGGGCAAGUCGUGCCUCCUGCACCGCUUCACCCAGGGCCGCUUCCCCGGGCUGCGCUCCCCUGCCUGCGACCCCACAGUCGGCGUGGACUUCUUCUCGCGCCUGCUGGAGAUCGAGCCGGGCAAGAGGAUCAAGCUGCAGCUCUGGGACACGGCGGGACAGGAGAGGUUCAGGUCAAUAACUCGAUCUUACUACCGCAACUCAGUUGGUGGAUUUUUAGUAUUUGACAUUACUAACCGGCGAUCUUUUGAACACGUGAAAGAUUGGUUGGAGGAGGCAAAAAUGUAUGUACAACCAUUCCGGAUUGUGUUUCUGCUAGUGGGACAUAAAUGUGAUUUAGCUUCACAACGUCAAGUUACAAGGGAAGAAGCUGAAAAAUUGUCAGCAGACUGUGGUAUGAAGUACAUAGAAACCUCAGCCAAAGAUGCUACGAAUGUUGAGGAGUCCUUCACCAUCUUGACAAGAGACAUAUAUGAACUAAUUAAAAAGGGAGACAUUUGUAUUCAGGAUGGCUGGGAAGGGGUUAAAAGUGGUUUUGUUCCAAAUACUGUGCAUUCUUCUGAGGAAGCAGUAAAGCCCAGGAAAGAGUGCUUUUGCUGACUUCUAACAUGCCAAAGAACUAACAGGAACAGAUUGGAUGUCAUUUCAGGAUAAAUAACAUCCAGCAGAGUGAUGCAGUGAAAGCAUUAAAAAUAAAUUAUAAACCCACGCUAACACUAUUUUGUAAGGUUUUGAUUCAGAGCCCUGUGCUUACUUGUUACACUAUCAGAUUGGAUAUUUUGCUAAAUUAUCAGGCAAAGCGGAUAAUUUCAGAGACUCCUGAACUUGGAGUCUCCACAUAAGUACCUGCAUUCUCACUUUGCUAGCAUAUAGCUGACCUCAGUGUUCAGAUAUGUGAACAUUACUCAUUUUUCUUGACCGUUAAAAAUGGAUUUUUGUAUAUGUAUAAUCUGAUUGAAAAGAUUGUAUCAGGAAUAUAUUAUCUUACGUUAAUUAAUAUUGAAUAGUAAAGUGCAUUUAAGAGUACACCGUUCACUUGCAAGGUAAAAAAUCUCAGAAGUAUGGACUAGGUCUCAACUAUCAGUUCCCUGUUUUAGGUACCAGUUUUUUACAACUUUUCAAAAUAUUUAUGCUCCCUUAAUUCUGUUUGAAAACAAGAAAAGCUUUAUACUCAUUUUUGUUUACUAAUUUAUUGUUCCUGAAACUUUUGUGUUUUAUAAGCUAUCUAAGGAUCCAAGCAAACUAUUUUAAGCAGAUAUUUGUAAAAAUAAGAACAAAGGGCCACUUAUCAGCAAAUGUUUUGAUCUUAUAGUGUACUGUCUGUGAUUAGAAAAGAAAAACAAAAUUUAUUUAUAUUCAAAGAAAAUAUGCAAUUUACUUUAAACUAAUCACAAAAUUAAUAAUAUAGGUUAGUAAUAGCGUUUUUGCCCAAGUAAAUUUCCAAAUUUUCCCAUUUCCGAUACAAGAAGAAUGUAGACAUUUUUAUGGACAAAGGAAAAUUGGUUAGAUGUUUGAUAUAUUUAGCAUUGAGAUUGCAUUUUACAAUCAUCAUUACAAGGGAAGGUAGAAUAAUCAGUUAGGAGAGUAAAAAGCCUUUUGAGUUUCCUAAUUUUUAACUUAUUGAUUAAUCUUCUGUGGAAGGAGAAAGUUUAUUGAUUAAAGUCCUCUGGAAGGGACAUUUUGAUCACAAUGUCAAAUAUUUUAUUAUAUUUAUUUUCCUCAUGUUCUUUAUAAAAUGUUCCUGAUCACGGAGAGGGUACUAAACCUGCAUUUUGGAAUCAUAAUGUUUUUACUGUUAAACAAACUAUAAUUACUUCAUAUGUUUGAAAACCAAGGUGGUAUAGUAGAAAGAAUGUUUAACAAGAAAUCAGAAAACCUGCUUCUGAGCUUGCCUUUGCUAACCAGUGUUUGACCAUGACUAAGCCCUAAGCUACAGAUUUUUCUCAUCUGCAAAAUGAAGCUAAUAUUGCCAUUUGUUGUUAUUUCAUGGAAUUAUUUUGAGAAUCAAGUGAAUCCUAUUAAAAGCUUUUGUAACUAAAGAAAGCAUUCUAUAAAUGUGAGAUUGAUAUCAGCUGCUCAUGAGAAUUCUUUCUCCUGUUCCUUCCUUUCACUCCUGUUCAGAGGGGACAAAAGAAGGUACUUUUCUUUGUGGACUUGGGAGAAUUCUUGACUGAAACUUAUUCUCUGCCCUUUUACCCUGAACUGCUGUUCCUCUAAAGUUAGAAAUGAUAGGGAGGGAAGUCCCUGGGGAACCAAUCACAUCAAAAGUUAUGUUUGAAUGUGUUUUUUAAAGUGCAUCUUUGAAGUAAAUAUUUACUUGUAUUUUCAAAUACUUGUACAUUUUCUAGGUUCAUGUAAGUAUUUUUAAUAGUGUUUAUGGGAAGAAGAAUAUAAAUUAUAACCACUAGAAAAGUUUUGAAUAUUUAUAUUGACUUUUUAUUGAUAACCUUAGAUUAAUUUCACAUGAAGGAGUUCAAACUAUAACUGACCAGAUGAGAAAAUGCCUGUCCCCCAAAAUGUGAACUAGUCUAUUUUAAACUACAGUUUAAAAUCUGACAUGAUAAUUUUCCAUCACUCCAAAAUGGCAUAAACUCAACUACUUAAUAUCCAACAGUUUAUAGUCAUGUGUGCCUGUUUCUAAAGUUAAAUAGCUAAAAUGUGAUUUAACUUGCAUUAGCACCCUUUGUACCACCGAUGUCGUGUGAGUCCAGAAUUGAGGCUGAAGGAUGUGAUGUGUAGCAAGAUGUAGGACAGAAUUAAGGAAUUAAGGAACUAGAAGAAACAAAUGGGAAGGUAGGGCCCCCAAAAAGUUAAUACUUGCAUGAGCAAAAGCAAGCCUCGAACUGUGGGCUCCUGGCGCCUUGAUUACCCUGCUGGGCUGGGUGUGUACAUGUGUUGGAGAGUGGGGGCCAGAAUGUGAUGUGAAGGAAAAUGUGAUCACUGGAAUCUGCAACAUGCUAAAACUGGGCUAACUCAUUUUUAUAUUAUAGAGGAGCUAUUUGUAGGUAAAACAAUAGUAGUGUAAAUUUUGAUGACUACAGAGAUCUGAAUUCUUAAAUCAGAUUGCCAAAUAUCUCUAUAACCUUAGCCAGAGAUCUUUAUCCAUUUCUAUAUAUAAAAAUAGCUGACUUAUUUUCUUAUACAUCACUACAGAGGAUAUGGAUAAUAAUGCCAAAAUAGUAAAAAUGUUUGCUCCAAGAAAACAUAUUAACUGAAUUUCUUAAAAAAAUCAGAUAUAGAUUAUUUUAUAUUAAAAUUACUUCAUUUAAAAUGUAAUUUAAAUUUAAACCUUAUUUAAAUUAAAAAAUUUAAAACUGAUCAAUGAUGCAUCUAAUUACUAAAUAUUUUAGGUAAGUGUGAUUUUUAGAAAGAAAGUAAAAACUGUCCCAACCCUAUGGUAAGUUUUUCCCUGAGAGAAUUGCUCAUCUUGAGUCGCAUGAACACUUUUAGUGCAUAAAAUGAUGUGAUGGUUCAUUAAAUGGUAAGCUUAAGCCAAAAUGUUAAGUAAACAGAAUGCUUUUAAAUGUGGCCUUUACAUGCAUAACGUAGGAAGCAGGAUUUCUUGAGCAUGGAAACUUGAGAAUUUGCUUCUAAGUUUCCAAAAGCCUCAAGCAUGCCAUGAAAUUUUGGUGUGUAGAAACCCAGUCUUUCAUAUUGUUGUUAGCUUUGCCAGCACAAAAUCCUUUCAUCCAACUUGACAUGAUUAAAAAUCGGAACCUAUGGAUUAAUAAAAUCAUUUUAGGAGUAUUUUUGUCAGAUUUUAUACUGUCCUUGGUUUAACUAAGAACAAGGUUUCAUUGACUUUGAAGCGUGCACUGUUUUUGAAUACUUUCCUUAGUCUGACACUUGCAUAGUGAGAAGGAAGACUCAUUUCGUAAGGUAACCCCAUUUGUUUCCCAGUGACUACCUGGAAAGAUUUAGCUUGAACAUGUAAAGGAAACAUGUACUCUUUGGGGGAACAAAAAAUGAAAGACUAUAAAGGCUUUAAAGUUAGAUCCUUUGUAUUUUAAAAUAGUAAAAUACAUUCCCAACCAGAAAAGCUAACUCUUGGAAACCCUGUAAAUGAUAGCCAUCUUUGCUUCAGAAUCUUUCCAAAUCUCAGUGUUUUCACCAAACAUGACUUAGCAACUGAUCCUCACCUGAUCUUAAAAUAACUAACAAACCCUACUCCUGAACCUGAAUGAACUGCUGCAUGGCCUGGUAUUUCUAUAAUGCUAUUAUUCGAUGCAAGUAGACACAUGAGUGAUGAGCUGUGACAAUCUGCAUCAAUCAUUACACAAUCUAGUUCACAUACUGCACAUGGUCAUGGUAGGAAGUACAUGAAAACAAAAUUCGUUAAAGGUAUAGAAACCAUUAGUGUCCUGUGUUGUUAUCUCUUUGGGUAAAUGUUUUGUCUUUUUUUGAAUAGUGCCUAAAACGUUAAUGUAUGUGACAUUCAGUGACAGCUAAUUGAUGGUUAAUUGUGUUAAAUUAAUCAUAUUAAAUAUGGGUUCCACAUCCUUGGUUUUAAUUUAUUCAUUUCAUAAAGUAAUAAACACGUUUUGCUCUCA